GUCUGCUCGGUGCGAUCAGGUCGAUCAGAACACUCUCUCUUGGACGGAGCGCACUGUCUUCCUAACUUUUUUUUCGAAUCCUUCCCCUUCGCGGUGUGGCCGAUAGCUACUUCUCGCAGGAAUAAUAGCCAGCCAGCUAGCCUCGUGCUCGAUCAGUGGAGCAGCUCAUUGAGGAACAAUACAUUCCCCGCAAAAAGCACCUCGUGCCCUGGAUCGAGAGGCAUUCUUGGCUCUGAAAAGAAUCCACCAUUCUCUGCAGUGUAGUGCACAGUUGUUGCGACGCGUUAUCCGCUAGUGAUAAAGGACACUCCACGAGUGCAAGUGUGUGUUUCGUACGUGUGUAUUGACUGCGUGUGACAUUCGGUAGUGCGUGUGCCGCAAACACUGGUGCGUCGCUUCUUCCGCCGUAGCGUGACAGUUGCAGAGGUUUCGGACGAUACCAGCGCCACUCGUCUGCAGCAGCAGGAACAGCAGCAAGCAAACGGUAGCGAGCACUCGUCUUGCAUUUGCGCACUAGCGACGCACCCGAGCAGAACACUCUCCGCUGCGGGCCACCACGCCAGCUGUUCGGCGUGACAGUGACAGCUAAAAGAAGAGUUUUGUUUAUCGCGCGCCCGGUAAAAGAGGAACUAAACGCUGGUUGUGUGGUCGUCAGGUGUAUGUGUGCGUGCGCGUGUAUGUGGGACUAGUGGUGUGUUCCCGUGCUUCUCCCUUUCCUUUGCCCGGUGUUGUUGUGCUGGUGGUGCAACUGCUGUUGCUGCACUUUUGUGUGGAACACUUCGAUACGCCCCGUCGAUAGCUCGAUUGCCGGCGUCAGCUCUCUUCGCUUCGAGUUCAGUUGCUAGAAUCCGCCGCCACGGACCACUAGUUCACACCCAAGUGCUACAAAAUCCAAACGAAUCGCGCGAUAGAUCGGAAGAAUUCUCGUCCGUAGAAUCUCAAAUAGCCAGUCAAAAUGAGUUCACCAAACGUGACGACAUCGUCCAACUACUGGGACUUCCUGUUUACCGAGCUGGCCGAUCCGCGGACAAACCAUUGGCCGCUCAUUUCGUCGCCCGUCCCGGGUUUGACCAUCAUUGCCAGCUACCUGUACUUUGUGCUCAACUUCGGGCCCAAGUACAUGGCCAACCGGAAACCGUUCCAGAUGCAGAAGACGCUCGUGGUCUACAACUUCAUCCAGGUGCUAGUCAGCAUAUACCUGUUCGUGGAGGGUCUGGACGGUGCCUGGCUACGGCACUACAGCUGGCGGUGCCAACCCGUGGACUUUGAAAACAAUCCGGCGGCGAUGAGGGUUGCUCGAGGAUGCUACAUCUACUUCCUGGCGAAAAUCUCCGAACUGCUCGACACCGUGUUCUUUACGCUGCGGAAAAAGGACAAUCAGAUCACCUUCCUGCACCUGUACCACCACACCGUGAUGCCAAUGAUCUCCUGGGGAGCGACCAAAUACUAUCCCGGCGGACAUGGAACCUUCAUCGGUGUCAUCAACUCGUUCGUGCACAUCGUCAUGUACACGUACUACAUGAUGGCCGCCAUGGGGCCGCAGUACCAGAAGUAUCUCUGGUGGAAGAAGUACAUCACCAACCUCCAGAUGGUUCAGUUCGGUAUGGCGUUCGCUCACUCGGCCCAGCUCCUGUGGACUGACUGCGGUUAUCCGCGCUGGUCCGUGUUCUUUACGCUUCCGAACGCGAUCUUCUUCUACAUGCUGUUUAACGAUUUCUACAAGAAGUCGUACGGUUCCAAGAAGGCUGCCGCUGCCAAGAUUGCCAACGAUGGUGCCAGUGCCGACAACAACAACACGACGACGUCGACGAGCACAGACAAAGUGGCCGCCAAGGAGCUAUGAGACGGCGAUGCGCGACCGACGUUGUACGUCCGCAAACGCACCACCGACGGCUCCACGGUUCUACGCCACCUUACUCACUUCCCGGCAGAGGUUUAGGAGGAACCGUCCCAAACUAUAUCUACCCGAUCAAUUGCUCAGAGAUUGCCCUGUUCUCCCAUCUGGACGCCCAGAGCUCGCAUCCUAUCGGAGAACACGAGUGGAGCGGCGCGUCACUUGCACAAACACCUGAACGUACCUUCGAUGACAAUUAUCUUACCAUUCCGAGACGACAAUUCGUGCGCCCCUCAUUUCGUGUAUUGCGCCCACAGCAGCAGCCCCUGGAGGUGAAAGUGCACAACCGGUAAAAAAAAGUACAGUCAGCAGCCGGGCGGACAGUUAUGACGACGGU